AUGGCUGGGGACACAGAAAAGGAUUCGGUGCAGGCUGGUUCUCCAAUGGAGACCCCAAGCUCACCUUCGACUGUUUCUAAUGAAUCAACUGAACCGGUUGUCACUUUAAAGACGUGGAUCGUCUCUUCGAUUCUUUCUUGUGGUUAUGGCCUCUCUUUCUGGCCUAUCCCAGUCGUGUCAGCAAUUGGCACCAUGAUCUCUACUGAUAUGGGUGACCCGACUGGAUAUAUAUGGUUUGUUCCAGCUUGGACUAUCUCGAUCACCUGCGCUUUCCUGAUCUUUGGCCCAAACACCGAUCUUUUAGGUCGACGCUGGUUCUUAGUUUUGGGCAAUCUGGUGUGCUUCAUCGGUCAUAUUGUGGUAGCAUCAGCCAAGAGUACCAACCAAGUCAUUGCCGGGCUCGUUAUAUCCGGUUUUGGCGGUGCAAACUGUCAGAUGGCUGCAUUCGCCCUGCCAGAACUCCUACCCAAUAAAUGGCGACACAUCGGAGUCGUGAUCGCCGAUUUCACGGUCUACAUAGCGGUAAUUGUUGCACCAGUGACAGCCCGCUAUGGCUACGAGCUCGGAACCUGGGCUUGGAACUUCUGGGGUGUAGCCAUUUUCCAAGGUCUAUCAUUUUUUGGUCUAUUAUUCCUCUAUCACCCACCCAAGCACCCCCUCGGCAUCUCAUACAAAGAAGCCUUCAAAUCCUUAGACUACCUCGGCGCCUUCCUCUUCAUCGGCGGUGCAGUCCCCUUCCUAAUGGGCAUUGUAUGGGCUGGUGUCUAUGACUCAAACGACGUUCACGUCGUCGCCCCACUAGUCGUCGGCGCGGCUGUGCUCAUCUGCUUCGCGCUGUGGGAGACCUUCGGCAAGCUGAAGUAUCCGCUAACACCCACCUAUAUCUUCGCCAGCUCGCUAGGUCGCGACUUCACAGCGCCUGUAAUUGCACUUGGCGUCGUCAAUAUGUUCUAUUACUCGUCUAGCAUUCUAUGGCCGCAGAUGAUCACAGUGUUUUAUACGAACGGCGGUGCGGACUGGAAGUACUCUGUUAUUCUGUCGUUGCCGCAGGGAUUCGCUAUCUUCUUCGGUGCUAUCCUUCUCACUUGCUUUGGUAGUACGCUGCGGCAUUGGCACUGGCAGCUUACCGGGUCGGUAUUUGUUAUGGUUGUUUUUGGCUCGUUGCUUGGUAUUGUUACACCGACUAAUCAGGGUACUAUGAUUGCUUUCAUCUUUCUCUCUCAGGCUGGGUUUGGGUGGGCUCUUUAUUUGAGUAUUGCUAUUACACAGAUGGGCGUUGAGCAUAAGAAUCUUGGUGUUAGUGGUGGGAUCUCGGGGUGCAUUCGCUUUGCUGCUGGGGCUGUUGCGACCUCAAUCUACCAAACAGUCUACAGUAACACAUUGGCAAAGUACACAGCUAUAUAUGUCCCCUCCGCUGCCAUCUCCGCAGGACUCCCAGAUUCCAAGAUUCCAGAUCUAAUGGCUGUGGUAUCUCAAGGUGCCGCUGCAAUGAAAUCAUAUACUCCUGCCGUGGUGGUGGCAGCAGAGGCGGCUCUUAGCCAAGCCUACUGCAAAGCGAUCUUUGUGGUGGCUAUGGUAUCGAUGGCCUUCGGCAUCUUGGGUCUUGCUGCUUGUCUAUGUUGCAAGGAUGUUGAUUCAAAGAUGACCAACAAGAUCGAGGUGUACCUUGAGAACACAGAUCUCUCGGACCGAAACAAGUAUCAUUAG